CAAAAAGAGUGAAGGGUAGUUGUUUGACCCAAACCCAUCACCGACACUCUCACAUCCCAUCAGACUCGCCACAAAACCAGCCAUUUUUCAUUCUCUCUCUCUCUCUCUCUCUCUCCACACAAAUCAAACCCAAAUAUCUCAAAACCCGAUCGAUCCCCAAAUGCAAAUUCAUUCCUCCGCCCCCCUCUCCCUCUCCCUCUCCCUCUCCACCACCACUCUCUCUCUCUCUCUCUCCAAAUUCGAAAUCCAUGACUGCCGCAUCCCUCAUCCCCUUCUUCUCUCUCAUCGCCAUCUCUCUCCUCCGUGCAGGUGGAGCGGAUCCCUGCAGCGGCCGCUACAUCUUCAUCCAACACCUCCCGCCGCGCUUCAACCGCGACCUCCUGGCGGACUGCGCUGCGUACCCUGUUUGGCAGGAUUUCUGCCCCUACAAGGCGAACCUGGGGCUCGGCCCCAAGACCCACAACGGCACCUCCUCCUGGUUCCGCACCGAUCCCUACCUCCUCGAACCAUUGUUUCACGCCCGCAUGUACCAAUACCCCUGCCUUACCCCGGACCCCGACCUCGCCUCUGCUGUCUUCCUCCCGUACUACGCCUCCCUCCACUCGCUUCCCUUCCUCUUUGGGCCCGACCAGAACUACAGCAUCGCCCACGGCCUCGACUUGGCCCGCCUCCUCUCUGACUCCUCCGUUUACAGACGUCGCCACGGCCAUGACUACUUCUUUGUGGCCUCGCGCACCGCGUUGGAUUUCUCUAGGCCGUUGGACUCCCGACCCGACGCCUGGGGUACCAGCCUCCUGGAGCUCCCGGCCUUCUUCAAUUUCACGGUGCUGGUGACAGAGUCACGGGCGUGGCCCUGGCAGGAGCACGCAGUCCCUUACCCGACGUCUUUCCAUCCAUCGACCCUCUCCCACCUCCACACCUGGCUGCGCCGGGUCCGCCGCUCCCCCCGCCCCACCCUCAUGCUCUUUGCAGGCGGAGCCACCAUGUCCCCCAACGGGCCCCCCAACAUCCAUCGCUCCAUCCUUUCCCAGUGCGCAUCCACCGAUGAGAGCAUAUGCUCGAUCGCAGAUUGCUCCCGCUCCGCCUGCGACCACGACCCGGGCCGCUACAUGAGGCCCAUGCUGCGGGCCCGCUUCUGCCUGCAGCCCCCGAGCGACACCCCAACGCGGCGGUCGACAUUCGACGGGAUGAUCGCAGGAUGCAUCCCUGUCUUCUUCGAGGACCGCUCCGCCAAGUCGCAGUAUGACUGGCAUAUGCGGCCGGAAGAGUACCGGGAGUUCUCUGUCUUCAUAGCAAAGGAUGAGGUGGUUUGGGGCGGAUUGAACAUAAGCAGGGUGCUGAUGGGAAUUGGGGAUGAGGAGGUGAGGAGGAUGAGAGAGAAAGUGAUUGAAAUGAUACCUAGUAUCAUUUACAGGGGGCAUCGAAGCUCUAAAUCCCUAAGGGAGGAGGUGAAGGAUGCUUUCGAUUUAGCAGUGGAGGGAGUCAUCCGCAAAAUCAAACACAGGAUAUCCAAUUUGGGCGUAGAUUAACUUGGGCAUUUUGUCAUUAGAUCCAGAUCCGGAAGGGUACCCUCCCUGCUGCCUGCUCGGAACCAGACACGUACAUGAACUAUCGAAUUUUUUUUUUCAUAAACCCAUCGAUGGUGAUCAAUUCGGGAAAGAAGCUGUGUAAAAAUAUACAGGCGAUCCGGAAUCGGGAUCCCCAUUAUAGAGCCAUUUCCAUUAGUUGUAUUUUUGAUUGAUUCUUGAUGAAGGGCAUUGGGCAAUAGCCAAUCCGUACUGAAGAUACUUGUAUACACACAUUUUACUUGUUGAUCAAUUGAAACUGAAUCUGUACUACCAAAUUAUCGGAUUGUACCGCUUUAGCAGCUUUUUUAAAGAUUUUUGCCUGUCAACCAA